CUUCCGGGGCGCUCGGGAAGAUGGCGGCGGCCGGUGAGGAGGCGGAGGAGACGGAUUGGGCGCUGCCGCCGGAGGUGGAGGUGCUGGAGUCCAUCUACCUGGAGGAGCUGCGGGUGGUGCGGGGCCGCGGCAGGUGGGAGCCCUGGGAGAUCAGCAUCACCCUGCACCCCGCCACGGCCCAGGACCAGGACUCCCAGUAUGUCUGCUUCACCCUGCUCCUCUCCGUGCCCCCCCAGUAUCCCAACAAAGCUCCGGAAAUCUCGAUCAGGAACCCGCGGGGGCUGUCAGAUGAGCAAAUUCAAAAGAUUUCCCAGACCCUCAGAAGUGUUGCUGAAUCCAGACUGGGGACAGAGGUGCUCUACGAACUGAUUGAGAAGGGGAAGGAGAUUCUCACUGACAACAACAUUCCUCACGGCCAGUGCGUGAUCUGCCUCUAUGGAUUCCAGGAGAGAGAAGUGUUCACAAAGACCCAGUGCUACCACUACUUCCACUCCCACUGCCUGGCCCGCUACGCCCAGCACAUGGAGGAAGAGAUCCUCAUGCAGCAGGAGGAGAGAGAGCAGCACCUGACGCCAUCCCCCAAACAGGAGGUCGGUGUGCAGUGCCCUGUCUGCCGGGAGACCCUGGUCUACGAUCUCAGCGCUCUGAAGGCAGCGCCACCCCCGCAGCACCCGCUGGAGCCGUACAGGCCGGAUGUCAAGACGCUGGAGCGCCAGGAAGAACUGCACUUAAUUUUCAAGAGACAGCAAGAGAAAGGGGGCAUCAUUGACCCUGAAGCAGAGAGGAACCGUUACUUCAUCAGCCUCCAGGCGCCUCCAGCUGCUGUCGAUCCAGGCCAAGCAGCUGCUGCCUCUGAGCUGCCGGUGAGUGCAAGCGCUGUGGACGUGCCCCAGCUGCCCAGCCAAGCCUCGGCUCCAGAGCCGGCCGGGGUGCCGGAGGCCCGGGCAGAACCACCCGGGCGGCCCGAGCGGCCUGCUGUGCCCAGAGAGCAACAGAGCAAGAGGGAGAGGCACAGAGGGGAGAGGCCAGGCCCCAGAGGCCAGGGCAGGCAGUCCUGCAGUGGUUUGCAGGAACCUGCAGAAGGAGCCUAUCAUCCGCUCCAUGGCUCCAGGGGGCCGAGGGGCUUCAGCCGGAGACCAGAACGGAGACCUGGUGGGAGGCACAGCCAGGAGUUUCCAAAGCCUCACAGCAAAAGCAAGGCUGCUACCUUGGCUGAAAGAAAGGAGGUGUGCCCUGAAGAUCCCUCGCCAGUAACAGAGGCAGUGGACUUGAAAGAGGAGCACCGGGACGUGCAGAGAUGGACCCCAGAGGAGGGGGCUGAGGCCCGGGGCAGGGAGAAGGAGAACCUGGUGUUCAACAGCAGUGACCACCGAGCAGCUCCCAGCUGGCAGGGCCACCCCAGGCCCUGGGAUUGCGGGAGGUGGGAGAGGUCCAGAGUCCAGGAACGUGGUUCCUACCCCAGAGCACCGAGAGGGCGAGGGGUGUUCAGGCCCAGUGGACGACGAGAAGCCCAUCUCCUUGAGAAGGAGAGUGGCUCCUAGCAGGAGUGGUGAGGGGCUGGGCUGGGGGAGGGAAGAGCUAUUUCUGGGGAGAACAGUGAAGGCUCUGGUGGAGCAGUAGCAAGUAGGCACCAUACCCCUUGGGAGGGAGGAGGCAGUUGGCAUGUGGCACAGCCUGGGACAGGCAGUGUGGAGUGAAGCAUCCUGGCAUGAGUGACUGGCUGUCACCAGCAUUGGAGAAGCUGAUUUCUGACGGAUCAUGUCAGCCUUGGUCUCAGAAGACCCAGGGGACAGAGGAGUCCUUGACCAGGAACCAGCAGCCAUCAUCCCUGUAUGUGAGCUGACAAGAAAUAUGCACACCUACAGAGCAAACGGACUGAGCCCCGCAUGGUGCCACAGCAGAACCAGAGUUGUGGCAGGACCUUCCCUGGAAGCCAGUGUCCCAGCAGAGCCGUGGUGGUGCCAAGUGAUGAGGCUGUACCCCAGCUUGCUGUGUCCCCCAUUCCUUCUCAGCAUGCCUUCUCACCUGCUGUCCCUGUCCCUUGGAGACGAUGCUUCUCUAGCCCUGACCGUUCAGCUGAUGGGUUCAGCCAGGCAAGUCCUUCAUACAACAGGACAUUUCCCAGUCCCAGCCAGAAGAGCUGAAUUAAGCUGAAGUCAGUGCAUUGGCAGGUCAGGGCUGGCUGCGGCUUUGGGUUGGCUCCUCCUCCCCCAGGUAGCCUGAACUUAGCUGGAGCUCCUGCCCUGUCCUUCAGCUGCUUUUGUGCAGGCAGAAGCUGUUGUGGACACCUGGGAAGAGCACGGUGUCAGCUGUAUGUGUUGAGAUCCCCCUGUGAGGCCAGGCUGUCUCUUGAAGCUUCCAACAGCCCAGAGUGAAGACAUGCCCCAAUACUUUGUAUACUCUUAUCCUCCUUUCAUCUUCAAGCUGACCUUGCUUCAAAGAAACAAGGAUUUGAUGUUUAAACUAAUUUGGUGCAGUUCCUUCUGCUGCUGCUUCACAGGUUUAAACAGUGUCCCACUCCAGAGCUGUAAUGGGUGAUCCCAAGUCUCUGAAGUGGGACACUGCUAUUAAAGUAAUUUGCUGGAUCUUUUCCAGAGCCUGCUCCCUUUGUUUUCUCUGCCCUCUCACUCUUGUUCUUUGCUGUUGGGAGCGAAGGUGUUGAUCCCUGGUAUUGCUCACUCCCCUCCCUGCUCCCUACACCUGGGGCCAGAGCAGAGAUCUUCCCCUCGUGCUCCUGGGUGGCAGGAGGGCUCCCCACUCCCUGCUUUGCCUGGCUCGGUGUAAGCUGUCUGGCUCACCCAGACAGUACUAAUUCCUUCACACUUGUUUGUGCCUUGUGCCCUUGCCUCUCUUUUGGCCACAUGUGGGUUGUUAUUGUCCUCCUCCUCCUGCUGAGCACAAAAAUGGCUGUGCCACGAUGGACUUGCCAGAUUCAGAAACCAAGGGCAGUGCGCCAGCUGGGAGGGCAUUCACGCUGCAUCUGCCUGGCUGAUCCUCUGGCACAUGAAGGGUGACCAAAAGCUCCCUCUUGAGUCUUCACAUUCUGCCCUGCUCUCUCCACACUUGGCCUUGUCCUGAAGGGGCUGGUUUAACCCGCUGCCGAAGAACCUUCUGUGUUUCAAUUUCUAACACUGGCUUAUUUUCAACCCUAAUACUCUAAAAGCAUUUGUUGGUAUUUUUUUUUUUUUUUUUUUCCUCCCUCCUUGGUCUGAGCCUACAGCCUAUCUGUCCUGGACUUGGGAAUCUGAGCACCAGACAUUGUGCCCUGCUGCGGACAAGGGCUGACCACUCGCUCCAUGAAGAGAGCCCGUUUUUCUUCAGUGCUCACUCUGUCCUUGUUCCAGCUGGUGCCUGGGUGCAUGGCCUGUCCACGCUUGGGUGAAAAAACUUUAUCUGACAUUGGUGCUUGUCCUGCUGCCUCCUGUGUUCACUUGCAAAAUUGCUGUGCUCCAAGAAAUGCAUUUGACCUCAUCCUGAAAGAAACUCUAAGAUUUCUGCCCCUUAUAGAAGCUGAAGCUCCUUGACUUCCUCCAGUAAGCCAGGCUUAUUCUCAUCAGGAAAGCUGCUGUGCCUGGUGUUUGGAGCAUGGGAGUCCAGCCACGGAAAUCAGAGUGAGCAAGGACUCGGGUAACUUCAAUCAAAUGCCAGAUGUGUUAGAGGGGAGGGUUUUUUUCCUGGGAGUAGGGAUUUAGGAAGGGCCCUCACCUUUCUCACUCACUGCUGUCAGCCAGGAGCAGAGGACACUUUGCAACAGUGGGUGGAAAUUAAUUUGGGCUAAACAAAACAAACCUCUGGGUCAGAGGGGAGGAAUGGAGCUUACACCCUGCCCUGAGGCUCCUUGCUUGGUGUCUCCCUGUGUCACCCACCUACCUCACAGGGCUGUUGUGAGGCUUAACUGGCAAAAGCACUUGGGCUGAAGGGCACCAGGGGAGUCUGUAGCAUUAACACUAUUAAAAGCAAGCAGAGA